GGGUUAGCUAAAAUGCAAAAUAAAUCAACUUUUGAUGUUAAUUUGACCAAAGCUGGAUACCUUCUAGUCUUGACCGGGUAACCACGGCAGAAAAAGAGCGGAGUGACUCGAUGUUGUUUUAGGUUUGUAUCUGGUAAAUUUGUGAAUUUAUUAGGCAUAGCUAUCGUGCUUUCUGUCUCUCUGCGGAAGUUUGUUAUUUAGAUGAUUAGAUGGUUCCUCAUCCUGAAAGUAGUCUAUGGUAGAAAACCGAAUCCAUGGUUCGUUUUUUUUUCCGCCAACAUCCGCUAACUUUACCCACAGCUAGCUAGCUAACAGUCAAUGGAAGUGAUAUCAACCGUGCAAUGAUAAGACGAUAACAUGGAGUCCAUUGAUUUGGAGAGGGGGGGCCCUUCUUGCUCUCUAUCUGGAUAUGCCAAUGGAGAGAUAAUGACCCUGGAGAUCUCAGAUGUCUCUCCAGACUUGCUUGUUCUCGAGGUAAAAGACAACAACCUACCUGAAAGUAACCAUGGCAGCCUAGACACGGAGAUGGAUGCUGACUUUUAUAAUGAUGAUGGGCAUGGUUUUGCGAAUGUGGAACUCCAGUUCUUUCCAUGUGAUGCCUGCGAAGCCUCCUUCACUAGCGAACCAGAGCUGGAGCAGCACUUCAUAAGCUCUCAUUCAAUAUGUGAUAUAGCAAGUGAGAGAGCAAGACCGAAAGCCAAGUCAAUGGAAAAAGAAGGUGUCUCACCCCUGCACACCUGCAUGACUUGUGGGAAGGUGUUCAAAUACCUAACUUCAUUUCGAAAACAUGAGGAAACUCAUAUCAAAGCCCUGUACACCUGCAAGACUUGUGGGAAGGAGUUUAAAUACCUAACUUCAUUCACAAAGCACCAGGCCACUCACAUUGUACCAAGACUGAGAGGAAAUCGAAAGUCAAUCAUAACAGUAGGCUUAAAUGUCAAUCAGAAAGUGAAAGGCCUUCACACCUGCAGGCACUGUGGUAAGGGGUUCAAAUACCUAACUUCUUUCAUAAAGCAUGAGAAGACUCACAGGAUAACCAAAAAAAGCAGAAAAAAACAGAGGAACCCUUCAAGUUCUGAGAUUAUUGUACGUCUUGAAGGCAAUAGGAAAGAUGCCACAGAAACUUGUGUAAGGGCCAUCAAGAAAAACAGGAAGAACAGCGACGAUACUGAGGAUCAGGAUGCAUGUAUUCUAAUAUCUUCUGAUGAUGAACUACCCAACACUGCAGAGCAGCAAAUGCCUGACUCUAAAUGUUCUCCUCCUUUCCCUUCUAACUCUAACCGUUCUCCUCCUUUUCCUUCUGACUCUAACCGUUCUCCUCCUUUUCCUUCUGACUCUAACCGUUCUCCUCCUUUUCCUUCUGACUCUAACCGUUCUCCUCCUUUUCCUUCUGACUCUAACCGUUCUCCUCCUUUUCUUUCUGACUCUAACCGUUCUUUUCCUUCUGACUCUAACCGUUCUCCUCCUUUUCCUUCUGACUCUAACCGUUCUCCUCCUUUUCCUUCUGACUCUAACCGUUCUCCUCCUUUUCCUUCUGACUCUAACCGUUCUCCUCCUUUUCCUUCUGACUCUAACCGUUCUCCUCCUUUUCCUUCUGACUCUAACCGUUCUCCUCCUUUUCCUUCUGACUCUAACCGUUCUCCUCCUUUUCCUUCUGACUCUAACCGUUCUCCUCCUUUUCCUUCUGACUCUAACCGUUUCUCCUCCUUUUCCUUCUGACUCUAACCGUUCUCCUCCUUUUCCUUCUGACUCUAACCGUUUCUCCUCCUUUUCCUUCUGACUCUAACCGUUCUCCUCCUUUUCCUUCUGACUCUAACCGUUCUCCUCCUUUUCCUUCUGACUCUAAACGUUCUCCUCCUUUUCCUUCUGACUCUAAACGUUCUCCUCCUUUUCCGCCUGACUCUAAACGUUCUCCUCCUUUUCCGCCUGACUCUAAACGUUCUCCUCUGUUUCCUUGUCUGGACUGUGGGAAGGUUUUUAAGUUUUUCAAAUCUUACCAAAAACACCAGAAAAGACAUGCUUGGGCACAGGGCAAAAGUGAAAUAGUGCCGCCUAAACAGGAGCACGGAGCGGCAGUGAAA